GCAAAGCACGUAAAGGGAAAUGACGGCGUGCCCACCCGACUCGAGUGGGUCACGUUGGGCACCCGACUAACGCUUCUUCUCUGUGCUGUCGUCGCCCACCCACCGACGCCUUGAAUGUCCCACAACUUUCGGGUGGCACGUUAACUUGUCGUUAACUAAAACGUGUUGGCCGCCGCCGGGCUGCCAGGAAGCAGCAAGAGCCCCUCAGCCCCCCUAUCCAGCUGCGGGGAGGGGUGACGUAUGCGCACACACACACACACACACACACACUUUCAGCGCUUCGAGCUAACCAUAUAAAGGGCAGAGGCGCAAAUUAGCGGCGACGAGUCUCCCACGGACAGCGCAAGCGCAUCACAGCAGAGCCCCGUCCGUCCACACAUCGAGCUGAGCCGCCGGCGAUGGUCCCUGCGUGGCUCGCGUGUUUCCUCGUCUUCACUUGCAGCGUGACAGCUGAAGACUCGAGUAAGAGACGCUAUCAGAUCCAGAACGGGCCGUGCAGCUACACCUUCCUUUUACCGGAGGUGGACAACUGCUACCCUGCCGCCGGAGCGCAAAGUGAGGAGCCCGAGGACUACGGGGAUUCGGUGCACAAGCUGGAGCAGCUGGAGGUCAUCAUGAACAACAACACGCAGUGGCUGCUGAAGCUGGAGGCCUACAUCCAGGAGCAGCUGAAGGAGGACGUGGCGAGGGUCCAGCAGCAGGUGGCAUCCAACCACACGCCCACCAUGAGCGAUGUCGGCACCAGCCUUCUGAGUCACACUGCAGAGCAGACUCGCAAAUUAAGGGACAUGGAGAAGCAGGUAAUCAAUCAGACGGCGAGGCUUCAGCUUCAGCUGCUGGAGAACACGGCGUCCACCGCCAAACUCGAAGGCCAAGUGCGGGCACAGACUGGCGAGAUCUCAAAACUACACGAAAAGAACAGUUUUCUAGAGAAGAGAAUCACCGAGAUGGAGGCGACCCGCCUGGCAGAGCUGAAAAUCCUGAGGGGCGAGAAGGAGCAGCUGCAAGAGCUGGUGGUGCGGCAGACCACCAUCAUCGGCGACCUCGAGAAGCAGCUGCUGACGGCGACCUUCAACAAGUCGGCGCUACAGCAACAGCAGCACGACAUGAUCCAGACGGUCAACAGCCUCAUCCAGAUGAUAUCGGACCAGAACGCACGGAUGCCCGCAGGCCCCGACGUGGCAAACGUGUACAAGGACUGCGCCGAGAUCCAGAAACUGGGUAAGAGCAGCGGAGUCUACUCGUUGAGCCUUCCCAACAGCACGGAGGAGGUGCAGGCGUACUGUGACAUGGACACGGACGGUGGCGGGUGGACCGUCAUCCAGCGUCGCCAGGAUGGGAAGGUGGACUUUCAACGGACGUGGAAGGAGUACAAGGAGGGCUUUGGUGACCCGGCCGGAGAGCACUGGCUAGGAAACGAGUUUGUGGCACAGCUGACGAACCUGCAGCCCUACACCCUGAGGGUCCAGCUGAGGGACUGGGAGGGCAACGAGGCCUUCUCGCUCUACCAAAACUUCUACCUGGAUGGCGAGGCUCAGAACUACAGGAUUCACCUCAAAGGCUACAGCGGGACGGCGGGCAAAAUCAGCAGCCUGAGCCAACCGGGAAGCGACUUCAGCACGAAGGACAUGGACAAUGACAAGUGCAUCUGCAAGUGUGCCCAGCUGACCACAGGCGGCUGGUGGUUUGAUGCCUGCGGCCCGUCCAACCUCAACGGCCUGUACUACCGAGCCGGGCAGAACACCAACCGCUUCAAUGGCAUCAAGUGGUACUACUGGAAGGGCUCGGGCUACUCUCUGCAGUCUAGCACCAUGAUGAUUAGGCCGGCUAGCGGGCGAUAGCCCCCCGUCAGGGUCUCUGGGACUCGGACCUGUAGAAGACCCCGGACGGCCGCAAGAUGAUUGGCAGGUCGGUCCAAAUCCGGGCACACCGCCCCCGUUGGGUUACACGUCUUCUGGUCAACGUUGAUGCAAAACUGGACUGUGGACGCAAGAAGGACCACCAUAAUUAGGGAACCCGUCCCACGAGCGGGAAGGAGGAUGGCAGCAACUGGAGGGCAGCAGUGGCCGAUGGCAACUCAAUUCUGUCCUGUGCCACAGGCCUCCCUCUGAAUGUGCCAGUAACUGUGCUGAAAUUAGGGAACUAGGGAUGGGCAUCGUGUUGGGAAGGCGGCAAUAAAAGUGCAGGACUCUGAA